AUGAUCAUUAGUCUCCAACAGAUCUUCGACAUAGCCGCGACUGCCCGCAUCACCGAAACGAUCAAAAUGGUUGCGAAGUUUGUCAUCGUGCUAGCCCUUGUGGCGGCUGUCAGUGCGUCCGAUUACUCCGCCUUCUCCUACGGCGUGGCCGACCCCUACACCGGUGACUUCAAGAACCAGAUCGAGCGCCGCGCCGGUGGCAAUGUCCUGGGCCAGUACUCGCUCCUCGAGUCCGACGGAACCCGCAGGACCGUCGACUACGCAGCCGGCGCCCAGGGCUUCAACGCCGUCGUCAGGAAGGACCCCGCCUUGAUCGCCGCCGCUCCCCUCGCCGCUCCCCUCACCGCUCCCCUCGCCGCUCCCCUCGCCUACGCCGGCUACAACUACCCCUACGCCUACAACCUCGGUAGACUCGGUGCCUACGGAUACGCUACUCCUUACGCCCUCGGACGAUUCUAU